AUGCCGCUGCGUUGCGCGCCUAUGACACCUUGGGACAACUGUUCCACUGCGAAUUUCGAUGCUUGGGAGAAAGCCAUCCGAGGACUCAACAUUGUUGACUUUGGUCGAUUGGAAAGAAGCCAGCAGGUAGCAGUCAACAAGUCUGAUGCUCUCCCGGAAGCCCUCCUCAAGUCCACAACCCCGGGAGACGCUUUGGUCCAUCGUACAACCAGACCCAAGGUUCUUACGAAAACGAGGAGCAACGUGGGAAAAGUUGAGAAGCUCCCUGGCAACCAAACCAAACCAAACCACCAAACCAAGCCUCUCCUUCUCUUUUCUUUUUACCCCCACCCCGCACCGGCGAUAGCUCUUCUGGAGCACAGUCAAGGAAGAGUCUCGACUGUCAUAGCAGGGAAUGAGGGCGAGUCUAAGACGCGCCGCAAUGAGGGGCAGCCGUCAGUCGCACAGAACACCGGCACAGCGCAGCUCGCUCAUUCAUCCUCCCAGAACAUCCGUAACGUGGUCGCAUUCCCCAUCCUGAUCGCGUCCCUCCACAUCCCUCCAACCCCUCCAAUCCUGAUCCUGACCCAUCACAACGUUUCUGCGGGCCAAGGACUGCCGUCAUAG